AUGGUUCUCUUCAAACGCAAGCCCGUCAAGUUUCUGCCCCCGCCAGACAUAGAGGAUGAUGCUACCGAGGUGUGGCAUAUUCCCCAGACGGGGGAAGUCUUUACUACCUACGAGGACUAUCUGAGCCGUAUGGAAUUCUACAAGCAGCGCCGAUUCAAUGACCAAAUCACAGGCCACUCAGGCUUGACCUUCCUCGAGGCCUUCAAUAGCGAGGUUGGCACCCCCACCUCGAUUGCCCAGCACACCUGGCUCCUUUACCCCUUUCCCCCCCCCAUGAGCGUGUCGAAGCAGCAGCUCACUCGCUUCAAUGUGCAGCUCACCGGGGGUCGUGAGGUCGAGGCCUCCUUCCCAGAAGCUCUGAAAGGGCCGAUUCUCCGAAAGGUACAGUUUCAGACUAUUUCACGCCUCGACAACCUCGUCGACAUGAUCUACGAUGAGUUCAAGCACGACUUCUAUCCCGGCGAAGAGGUGACGGUCACCAUGGAUGGCGGCGAGAGGGUGCACGGCCUCGUGAGGGACAAGACGACGUUUGGGCCUAGAAUGCUCUCCGACGGUUCCCACACGCAGCCCGUCACGCGCUACCUCGUCAACGUCAAGGACUCGGAGGAGGAGACCAUGGUCACCGACGAGCACAUCUGCCGCGACCGCGGUGUCUUUACCAAGUCCAUGCUCAGGUCCUUCAUCAAGAAGACAGUCAUUAGAGAAGCCUGGACCGGCGCUCCUUGGCUGGUCAAGCACGACUACGCCGGCCAGUACCACAUCGACACCAGAGUCCCCCCCCAUCUCCGCUACGACACCAAGGUCCAAGAGCGCCGCCAGUUGCAGGCGCAGAAGCGUGCGCCCCCCUAUGAGGUCAACGGCCAUGGCUCUGCCCUGCACUCGGGCCCCGUCCGGCUGCCCGAACUGAAGCCCGCGCCCAAAAACCACAAGGGAAAGCAGGGCCAGCACGGCUCCAAGGGCCUCAAAUGGCCCCUCAACAUGUCAGUCAACGGCGCCAAUGGUGCGGGCUAUCCUUCUAGCAACGCCGAUAACCAAGGAGGCAACGCCAGAGGAGCGACGCCGCCUCCGCCUCCGCCGCCGCCCCCCAAGUACCCGAUCGAAGACCUCCAACUGGAGCCCAAAGAGGGCAGCGUGCGUCCCCCGCUCAAGUUUCUGUGCAGGGACCCUCCCGUCGACGUGGAGGGAUGCGGGCCCAUGUACGAUCAAAUCGACAUGGCAUCCGUGGGUGCGUUGUUGGAGACGUGGGACACGCUCAACGUCUACUGCGAAAUAUUUCGACUCGACUCGUUUACCUUUGACGAUUUCAUCGAGGCUAUGUCAGUAUCCUCUGAGCGCGUCCAUGUCCAGCUCUUCGAAGAAGUUCAUUGCGCCGUGCUCAAGGUCUUGGUCGACUCGGAGCGAGACGGCGGCAAAGUGCAAAUCACCCUCCCCAAGCUGGAGGAAGAGGACAGCGACGGGGAGGAAGGGGAAAGCGAGGCCGAUAACACGGAACCGACGCCCGAACCGGAGCUGAAGCCUACGGGCCGCGCCACCCGCAGUAGCCUUGCCAAGCUCGAGGCCGAGCGACUGGCUGCCGAAGCGGCGGCGGCGGAAGAAGAGAGCUUGAGAGCGGAACUCGAGUCGAGGCACCGCGCCGAGGAGCUCCUCAAGGAGUAUGAUUGGAUCGAGCACUUGCGACAGCGAGACUUUGCCAAGGGUGGCUGGCAGAGAAUCAUUGUUGGUCUACUUCACCAGCUGUCCAAGAAUGAGCGACGGGAGAAGGCUUGUGAAGAACUCUUGCUGCAGCUGGUCCCUCCCAACACGAGCCCGACGCAGGAUGCGGUCCAGCAGACGUACGCCAGCCUCAGCAUCAACUAUCGCGUGCAGGCGUUGCAGAUUCUCUGCAUGCUCACGAUGGAGACCAAGGCCGUCAGGGGCUACAUGGAGGACUGCAGCGAGACGAUGACCAAGUAUCGCAAAGACAGGAUCGAAUGGCAGAGGCAGCGAAAACAGGCGAUGGAGGAUCUCCGACAGCUCAACGAGGAGCGCAGGGCGUUGAUGCCCGACAACUCGCCCACGGGCGAGUUGAACCCUUCCGUCAAAAAGGAAGAGGACGUCAAGAUGAUCGAGGUGAACGAAUCGCAAAUCGAGAAGGAGGCAGACGCCGAGGGCAGUGACGAGGACAACAACAAAUCGCAGAAGAAACGUCGCGGUCGCGGGCAGUCGGACAAGCAGCGGAAGCGCGACGAAGAGCGAGAGCGAAAGUCGCGAGAAAAGGAAAAGGAAAGAGAAAAGUUGAAGCAGUACAACAAGGUCGUCAAGGAGAUCCAGAAGAAAGAGGACAUCAUCAAAGGGUGCGAAAGCGAGAUUGCCGUCAUUGAAAACGACUUGCGCGAAGCGGACUGCCCAAGAACAAGGGUCCUGGGCAAGGACCGAUUUUGGAACCGAUACUACUGGUUUGAGCGAAACGGCAUGCCUUACGCCGGCCUCCCCAACAGCUCGACGGCCUAUGCUGAGUACGCGAACGGCUGCAUCUGGGUGCAGGGUCCCGACGAGCUGGAGCGCGAGGGCUACAUCGACGUGCCGGCCGAGCUACAGGACGAACACAAGACAAAGUUCAACAUGACGAUUCCGGAGCGCAAGGCCAUGGAAGAGGGCGGCAUGAGCGUCUUCAACGCACGGCAAUGGGGCUACAUAUGCGAGCCCGAGGACGUGGACCAGCUGAUCCGGUGGCUGGACCCGCGGGGCAUCAACGAGCUGAAGCUGCGCAAGGAGCUCCUCAACUACAAGGACAAGAUGGCGGCGCACAUGGAGAAGCGCAAGAAGUAUCUAGCGGCGGCAACGGAGCCGGGGACAACGGCCGCCGACACCACCAAGGACAAGAAGGACGAAGCUGCGUCGAAGCGCACGAGCUCGCGGAUCCGAGACAAGUCGCCGGAGCCGCCGAGCUACCGCUGCCUGCAGUGGCAAAACACGAUGGCGCUCGACGAGCUGGGACACUUGCACGUUGAGCAGACGCCGCCGCCCCGGGCGAAGAAACAGACGAAGAAGAGGGAAGCGAUGAGCGAGCCGGCCGGCCGAGGGGUGGCCAAGAUCCGGCGUCGUUGA